CAACGGGCUCUAAUUAUGUGUAUCGCAGGCUGAACAAUUGAAAAUCCUAAUGAUAAAAUAUCGUGAACCUCCGUUGACGGUAGUCAAAACGUCGCAUCUUCUCACGUUUUUACACCACUUAUUGAUCUUGGUUCCUAUCACAUCCACGCCAAAUGUUCCCACCUUUCCAUUAUCGCAACUUUUUGAAGAUCUUGGAAUGACAUUAACCCUGCGGCCUACACAGCAAUUUCCUUUUGCAUAUCAAAUUUGGAUAAUGAAUCUUCAGUUCAUGCUUUCUUGUAUCAAAGAAGUCGCACCUCAGGCACUUUAUAAUGCUGGUAUUACUACACCGGUGGUCUUGGGGAUCAUAAAACAUGUUUUGCUAGAGUUGACCAGACUUCCAAUCGAGGUCAAUUCCAUUCAACAAAAAUGUUUUGAUAUGGGUAAAGAGUUAUUGGAUACAUUCCUGUUGAAGGAUACUCAAAGCGAAAGGUCUACGACGUCGACCGGAUCCAAGCCAAUUGUCAUACCAAAGGUGUCAUAUUACGAUAUCAUAUUUUCGUUCCCAGAGCUGUAUGGCCACUUCUUACAUGGAUCGAUGAUGCCUAUUCGAAACGAAUCAGCACCUUCUGCAUACCCACAGCCUUCAAUCGUCAAUUAUCGUAUAUGGCAGGCAACACUCCAAUAUAUGAUUGCAUCCAUACGCCAGGACGUUAAACUUCUCGAUCGCAUACCAACCUUGAUGGCCAUCAAUAUCAUAAAGCAUGUUCUGCGGGAAAUCAAUACUCUACCAGCUGAUCUCAGCAAAUCCGAAUCACGCUGCCUCAAUAGCGGAAAAGAGUUGAUCAACUUAUUGUUAUUAGGACCCCAUGGUGACGGUGCAGGUGUUGUAUCUCACUACGACAUCAUCGUGGCUCUCCCCGAUGUUUAUGGUCACUUUCUACGGGGAACUUUUGCUCAAAGCGUUCAUUGGACCAUGGAAAAAUUUAUCAAUGAGCUUGGAAAACGUAGAAAACAAGUUACCAUAUGUUUGAAGGAGAUCUGAUUGAAUUUGUCAAAGAGGGUAAUUCCACUGGCAUCGAAACACACUUCCGCGAUAUGCUGUUCCAAAGAGCAUCCAUGGAUGAGUUCAGGCAACUGACCAAAUCUCUCAC